AUGUCUCCUCUUCCUUAUCCAUCAGUACUCAUCUUUGGGUCCUUGUGUUGGAUUGGGCACAUGGAGAUCUAUCUUUCUGGCUAUCGUGAUGGAGCCUACCAAGCACCAAUCUACCCAGAUGUCUUUCCAGCGAUAAAGCACUGGUCCGAAGAGCUCGGACUGACGGUCGACAUAUAUUCGUCCGGAUCCGUCGCCGCCCAGAAGCUCCUCUUCCAGCACACCGAUGCCGAAGUCAGCGACAUGACCAAGUACUUCUCGGGCUACUUCGACACCGUGAGCGCCGGCCCGAAGACAGAAGCCGCCUCCUACAAGAUCAUUGCCGAAAAGACCGGCAUCGAUGCGGCCUCUUGGCUCUUCCUUAGCGACAACGUCAAGGAAGUCGCAGCGGCAAAACAGGCCGGAAUGGACGCAGCAAUCAUUGUUCGUCCCGGCAACGCACCCUUGAACCUCGAGGACAAGGACGCACACCGUGUUGUCGAGAACGGAUUCGACGAGGUGACAGCCUGGAUCUAA